GAAGAUCGGGUUCGGGGAAUAAUAAAGAUCGGGAUCGGGCAAAAAUAUCAACAAUAUUUCCUCCUGGGCUGGUAUAUGUUGUUGCUUACAGUGCAGGGAUUUCUAUAAUGCUGUACAUGUACUUUGAGUGGUGAGCAUACAAAGAUGGCUUUGACACAGACUGUAUUAGGUUUGGUAGUUUUGGCGGUCUGUCACUGUUCCAAACACAGCCAGGAUAUCCCUGGAUAUCACGACCUCCUGAAGCAGGGCUUCUCCAAGCUUGUAACUAAAGAGUCUGACCAGUAUGUCCUUGACAGAUAUGAUGUUAAGACUCUGAUACAGAGAACGGUCUCAGCAGAGGCUUUACUCAGUAGGAAAGAAACUGGACUUGAUCUCUCGGCUGCUAACAUAUCAGAGUCAUGUAGUGUCGGAGUGAAGCUCUUAGAAGACGGGCUACAACAAAGAAGUUUAUGGGCCAUUAAAAUGUUGGAUUCCUUCUUCAAGAUUCCAAGUGGUGUUCUUGAUGGUGAUAUCAUUUGGCCUGGACAAUACGACGAAUGUAUUAAGAUUAACCAGGCAUUCAAUGACAGGCUAACAUACAACAUGACAUUCCUGAUUCAUGGAAAAUACUUCUUGGCUGCUCUGCUUAUUCCUGUGAAUCUUAUAAAAACUAAUUUAUCGAUGCGAGUAGGACUGUGCCUGCCUGAUGUGUGUGAUGAGACAGAUGUCAGAGAACUAUUAGAAUACUAUUUGGGUAUACUCUUUACAAAUUCAAGUUCAAAAUAUGAAGUAAAUUCUGUUUCUCACCCUGAGACCAAAUUUGAGAGGACCCCUGAGUUCAUCAUAGCGAGUGUUAUUUGCUCCGUCGUUGGAUUUCUGUUGUUAGUGGGUACACUGUAUGACAUGUUUAUUUAUCAAAGACCAGAGAAUUCAGAUAUUGUGAGUGGUAGAUUCAACAAACCGGAAAUAGAGCCACCCAUCCUGAACUCUGACACAGCCCAUCUCCUCUCUACCAGUUCUCAAGGAACACUCAUACACAGAGUGUUACACAACCGUAAGCUUGGAAAGUUUUUGCUGACAUUUUCCAUCAGUACUAAUGGCAGUAAAGUACUCAGCACUGAAGCCCCGCCCCCCACAGCGGUACAGGCUGUUAAUGGAGUACGCGUCCUCAGUAUGAGCUGGGUCAUACUCGGACACACCUACAUUUUCCUGAUCUCCAACUUCAAGAACCUUAUCCCUGUGGCCCCUGAGUUGAUACACAGAUGGACUUUUCAGAUCGUCCUCAAUGCCAUUUUCUCCGUGGACUCUUUCUUCCUGUUGAGUGGUUUGUUGGUGAGUUAUCUGACACUGCACGAGUUAGAAAAAAGAAAUGGGAAAAUCAAUUGGCUGCUAUUUUAUUUCCAUCGAUUCUGGAGGUUGACCCCUCCCUUGAUGCUAGUUCUCCUAGUGUACACAGCCUACUUCCAGUACUGGGGGUCAGGGCCUUUGUGGCCCCCAAGAUCGCCGGACUAUGACCAGUGCUCGCAGUAUUGGUGGAGGAACCUGCUGUACAUCCAGAACUUCUUCCCUCUGAGUGAGGAGUGUGUGGCUUGGGGAUGGUAUCUAGCAAAUGACAUGCAGUUUUAUGUUAUUUCCCCGCUGCUGAUAUAUCCUCUGUACAGAAAGCCACUGAUAGGAUACAUCCUCUGUUUUGCCCUGAUCUUGAUGCAGGCCAUAUAUAGGGGCAUCAUUUCUGUGAGCUUAAAGAUGACGAUGAAUUCAUCAACCAACCAGGAGAAGUUCUUUGAUGAGCUGUACCAGCGACCGUAUGCCAGGAUUGCUCCGUAUGUGGUGGGCGUUCUAACUGGCUUCUUCAUGUGGAAAUCCCGCAGACAAGUCAGAUUGCCAAGAUUUGUUGCAUUGCUGGGAUGGGUUAUUGCUCUUGGUUGUGUUUUGGCUGUGAUAUUUGGGACCACUCAUGAAAACAGAGGACACAAGAACUCCCUGUCCGUUGAUGCCCUCUACAACUCCCUGUCUGUCCUCACAUGGAGCCUGGGGGUAGCCUGGAUUAUAUUUGCCUGUAAUACAGGAUAUGGAGGGUUCAUCAACACCUUCCUGUCUGCGGGGAUAUGGUCGCCUCUCAGCCGUCUUACCUACUGUGCCUACUUGGUACAUCCAGUCAUCAUGUUUAUGUACAGUCUAUGUCAGAGAUAUACUCUCUAUGCCACAGACAUCAACAUGAUCUUCCUCUUUUUGGGAUUUUGGAUGUGUACUUAUGGUGUUGCUUUCUUUGUUUCCAUGGCGUUUGAAGCACCAAUGAUUGGCCUUGAAAGACUACUACUAAAGAAGCAGAGUUCUUAAGAUUUUUUUCUACAUUAUGAUCUGUUGCACCCUAUCCUUAAGUCUGAAUUAAAUUAAACUUUUACUAGCUCCUUUCUAGUCCAUUGACACCAAGUAAUUGAUUGAAUUUGCUGUUAGACAUAUAUAUAUAAUAUGUUACUAAUACUUAUGUUGAUAUUUGAAAAGAGUGUUGGGGUUUUAAAUAAAUCUACAAAUGAAGAAAAAAUACCGUAGCUGCAAUGUAAAAAGUUUCCUUGAAUAGAAACUUGGUUGGUCAUAAUUAUUGUUUUAGGUGUUUUAAUAUAGAUAUUGAUUCUAAAUCUUUUUUGGUGAUGAGAUCUUUUUUUUUUUAAUCUUUUAUAUUUGCAUUUGUUUUGAUACAUUCACGGGUACCAGUUUAAGUGUGCACAUACAUUUAUAUUGUUACAGUACUUAUCAAACCCAACGUAACGCCAGAGUAAACCCCAACUAAACUCCGGGUUUACUUUUGGGGCUUACUUGGGGUUUACCCCGGGUUAACUUUUGAAAAAUUUGUGUCCAGUUGGGGUUUUCUUUGGGUCCACUCAGGGUUUCUUGCAGAUUGCUUUUAUGGUCCUCUUUAAACAUUGAAAAGGGAAGAAGACCUGUCUUUUAUCUUAUUAUCUUACUGCCUGUAAUUCCCACCCCUUGUAUAUUCCAAAUACAUAUGUGGUGUCUGCCUCAGGGAUCUACUUUUGAUCAGGGUUUACUAUCUGGGUUUACUUGGAGUUUAAAUUACUCUUGGUCCACUCAAGUAAACUCAGAGUAAGCCCCGAAAGUAAACCCAGGGUUUAAUCUGGGUUUACUUUCUGUUAGGUUGGGUCUGAUCAGUACUGUGUAUUUUUCUUGUAAAAAAAAUAACCUUACUCUUUAAUAUCUCAGAACUUAUUGUUUGUUUAUUAAUUAAUCAAUAAUUUAUUAAUGCAUACACAUGUAACUUGAUGCAGGUGACAUGUACUUUAGGAUUUGUUUUAAUUAAUAUUUGUGUUUCAUUAAGGUAUAUAAUCAAUUAUAUUCAGGUACAAAAAUCAAUAUAUCAUAUUGUUGUUGUUUUUAAACAUUUUUUCAGACAAUUUUUUUGGAUGUUUUGCCAACUAGAUUUAGAUAAUAUAUAUAUUUACAGUAUAUACAUGUUAAAUUGUUAAUGAAUUUAUUUAUUUUGUGUAUAUAUAAUGUACUACAUGAUUCUUAACUUCUUUUUCUUUAUGUCCUCCAUGUUUAUAUUUUUAAGAUCAUGAUAAGCCUU